AAACAGUUGAAAGGACAUACACACGCGCUGGUUAUUAUUCAGACAGCACAGCAGUUUCUUUCACUCUCUCUCUCACAACGAGAAAAAGUCCCUCAAAAGUACUGCGAUCUCUUUUUAGCUGUUUUCUGUUGUUUUCUUCGCAUCGUCUUUUUCAUUUCUACACGUUAUUUCUUCUGUUUGUUCCGCUUCGCACUUCGUAAAGAACCAACAAACGGCUGGAAUAAUUGGGCUGAAAUGGUUCAAGACAUAAUGAGAGAGUAGGGAGACAGGACACAUAAUCCUCUUAAAAGACUUCAGGUAUUAGGUAUUAUGCUGAUCCACGGUGAAGAGCUGUCCUGCGGUGCGUCCUGAUUGACCUGAGCCGCUGCGCCCAGCAUGCUCGCCUGUCCGCCGGAGCUCCGAGUGCAGCCCAGCUGUGUGGCCAGCAGCCUUCAGCAGCGCCCCGGCUCCAGCAGCAGCAGCACCGCCGCUCAGUACAGCUGCUCUCCAGCGACCAGCACCACCACAGCAUCGCUAACCACGGACCACAGCACGAGGCCUAGGAGUGGAUUCCUCCAGCUCUGAGAGAAUGAGAUGUUUCGCUCUGUGACAGGGCACUACACACCCCAUCCUUAUUUGGGGGAACUCUUUAGACAUACUGGGUUUUUCUGCCCAAACAAGCAACUUGGUGCCCUUUAGGAAACAAAGAGCAAGAUGUAUCUAACUCGGAGAAAGAGACUUCAGCUGAGCCGGAUUAUAUUUCUCCUGUCUGGGGUUUUGCUUUGCUGUAUAUACCAACUUACCAUCAGGACCAGACUACCAGAACCAUGGCCAGAACCUCAGAUUGGAGAAGAGCCAGAAGAUGACCCAGAGGAUAGUUUGGAAAAACCCACUCAAGGACUGAUGCAGGAACCAGGAGUAACGACUAAGCUGACCACCACCACCAGCACCACUACUACUACUACUACUACUACUACAACUACUACAGCGCUGGAGGCCCUAACUCACACAGAUGCGGUUCAUCCACCAGAGACAACUGCCACCACCAUGACCCCUCCGAAAACAGAGACAACUGGGACAACGGAGUUAACCACAAUCCUAACCACAAACAGGACGAUCAUCCACUGCAUCUAUGUGGACCCAGACCUUCCAAAGCCCACUCCAGCUCCCACACCAGCUCCUGAAAUCACUACACCUUCACUCACAACCACUGCAGCCACCCCUGUACAGCCCCCUCACAUUAAAGGCGAGUACCCCGUGGACAUCUUCUCCGUUGAGGAUCGGCGUAAAGGCUGGGUAAUUCUGCACAUCUUUGGGAUGAUAUAUAUGUUUGUUUCGUUGGCUAUCGUGUGUGACGAGUUCUUUGUCCCUACUCUUGGAGUCAUCACUGACAAGCUGGAGAUUUCGGACGAUGUUGCUGGGGCGACGUUCAUGGCCGCUGGAGGCUCUGCCCCUGAACUCUUUACCUCCUUGAUUGGCGUGUUCAUCUCACAUAGCAACGUGGGUAUUGGGACCAUCGUGGGUUCAGCUGUCUUUAACAUCUUGUUUGUCAUUGGAAUGUGCGCUCUGUUCUCCCGGGAGAUGCUCCACCUCACCUGGUGGCCUCUGUUCCGGGACGUGUCCUUUUACAUCAUGGACCUCAUCAUGCUUAUCAUCUUCUUCCUGGACAACACCAUCAUGUGGUGGGAAAGCGUAAUGUUGGUGGGGGGCUACUGCCUUUAUGUCUACUUUAUGAAGUUCAACGUCCAGAUCGAGCGUGCGUUCAAGUCUCAGAUCAGCAAGCACAAGAACAUUGUGAAAGUCAUCUCAGUGGAAGAGCCUGAGAAGGAAAAUGGGACAUCAACUGAGGACAAUGCCCCUCCUGAACCCCCUGAGGACAAGAAUCGAUUAAAGCUAAAGCCCACACUACAGCGAGGGGGCAGUUCAGCCUCUUUACAUAACAGCACCAUGAGGAACACCAUUUUCCAGCUGAUGAUUCACACACUAGAUCCUCUGGGUGAAGACUCAGUGUUAAAUGGAGGUGCAAUGCCUAGCAGCUCUUUGGGAAGUAAAGUGAAGUUUAAAGACAAGGCUCAGAUUUUGAACAACAUGGCCAGGGGGAAGGUAGAGGGCAAAGAGAAGGAAAAAUCGGGCGAAGGUGAGGACAGUAAAACAGAAGAAGCCAAAGAUUCUAAAGAGCCAGAAGCAUCCAAGGAGGAGGGCUCCAAGGACAAGGCAGAGGGACAGAAGGAGGAGCCAGAGUCAGCAGCAGCAGCAGAAGGGGAGGACAAGGGCGAGGGUGCAGAGGGAUCGGGAGGAUCCGAAGACAGUGAGGAGGACAGUGAGGAAGACAGUGAUGAGGAUAGUGAUGAUGAUGACGAUGAUGAAGAUGAAGAAGAUGAAGACGGUGAAGAUGGUGAAGAGAAUGAUGAGCCAUUGUCCUUAGAGUGGCCAGAAACCAGGCGCAAACAAGCAACCUACUUGUUCCUGCUGCCUAUUGUUUUCCCACUGUGGCUCACUGUUCCAGACGUCAGAAAUCCCGCAUCCAAGAAGUUCUUUGUGAUUACAUUCCUGGGGUCCAUAGUGUGGAUUGGCGUAUUCUCCUAUCUCAUGGUGUGGUGGGCACAUCAGGUGGGUGAGACCAUUGGCAUUUCAGAAGAAAUAAUGGGUCUCACCAUUCUGGCGGCUGGUACAUCCAUCCCUGACCUAAUCACCAGUGUGAUCGUGGCUCGUAAAGGACUGGGAGACAUGGCUGUUUCCAGCUCUGUCGGCAGCAACAUAUUUGACAUCACUGUGGGGCUGCCGGUACCCUGGCUGAUGUAUUCCUCCUUCCACGGGCUGGCACCUGUGGCCGUCAGCAGCAACGGGCUCUUCUGUGCCAUUGUGCUGCUCUUCCUCAUGCUUCUGUUCGUCAUCAUCUCCAUCGCUGUGUGUAAGUGGAGGAUGAAUAAGAAGCUGGGCUUCACCAUGUUCCUGCUCUACUUUGUGUUCUUGGUGCUGAGCGUCAUGCUGGAGGACCGUAUCAUUGUGUGUCCAGUGUCUAUCUGACCAGCGCACCUUGACUAAAAGCAUUACCGACACUCCCGCGUGGCAGACACUCCUGGUCACACGCUGGCAUUUGUGAUGUCCCGAUUAACCCUCCAACAUCUGUCCCUGUAUUGAGCAUCUAGAUCUGGGAAGCAACAAUAUAAAAAAAUGAUGCAUUCACAGCUGAGACUGAGAUGUCUGCUCCCAGAAACCUUUUAGAAGGCUAAUGUAACUCCACUGUGCAAUACUAAGCUUGUACAGUAGAUACCUUGGGCAUUUAUGUACUGUAGUCGCUGAGCUAUCACUGUGUCCACUCACUGUCCACUUUACACACUCCUACCUAGCUUGCUCAUUUACCAUGUAAACCAUGUUCCCCUGUUGCUUCACAGUUGCACAGUUGUAACCAGCAGUCCAGCAGUAACAAUGAGGUGUUUAAAAACUCCAGCAGCACUGCUGUGUCUGAGCCACCACUACAUACCAGCUCAACACACUACUAACACAUCACUGCAGUGCUGACAAUGACCCACCACCCAAGUAAUACUUGCUCUGUGGUGGUCUUUCUUGUAGAUUCUUCACUAUUUAAGAAUGAAUAAAAGAAGAAUAAUAAAGUAUGCAGAGAAACAGAUACAGGACUACAGUCUGUAACUACAAAGUGCUCAUAUUUGCUCUUUAAAGCUGAGAAAUAAAUGGACAGUGAGUAUAGAAGGAAUUGGCCAUAAUAUGAUAUGACUGAUAUGACUGUGUAGAUGUUCCAUUAUAAGAAAAAGGUUAAGUUGUGUGCCACAUAAUUAUAGCAUUCACUAUAUUAGACCAUGCCCCCAAAUACAUAUUUCCCAGUGUUCCAUUUUUUAAAUGUUUUUUUUUUUUGUCAAAUUCACUAAUUUUUGUGGGAAGUGAUUUUUGGACCAUAUAUUAUUUCAGAAUCAAUUAGCGCCCAGCAGCGAACACUGUUGCACCCUUUUCUUUAAAUUUUAAUAUUUCAAUUUUACCACACAUUUCACUGCUAAAACUGUAAAAUAUAUUAUAUUUUGUGUUGAGAUUGUUAUGUAUACCUUUUUUUAAUGAUCAACCCAUGCAAAGGCAACAUUUUUCCAAAGUAAGUGGUCCUUUAGAACAAAUGAUGAAAUGUAAUUAAUUGCUUAAUAUGAAAUGUUUUGCGUUGUGAUUGUAUUGUCUAAUAACGUGGAUUUCCAGAACUUGCAAAUGUAUGGAAAAGUCACUAAUAUUGGAGAGGAUAUGUGCUUAUUGUAAAUGAUGUAAUUUACACUCAUACUGCAAUGGAGUUAUUUUUGUAAUAUGGAAUACUACAUAACUAAUAUAGAACACAAUUCAAGUAACUUGUGCUUUAUGUAAAAAAAUACAUUCUUGAAAUAUUUAAAAUCAUUUUUAAAAUAGUCACCUGCAAGAAAGUAGUCUUUUUGAUGUAUUCUGGUUUUAAAGGUCUUAAAAGGUUAAGGAUUCUCAAACCAGAUUAUUCUGCUCCAAGGACGACAUCAAAUAGAGAGGAGAAACUGUCUGUAGUGAAUUGCACACAUUUGUUUUGUGAUGUCAGAUGUUCAGUGUAUCAACAUUCAUCAAGAAAAUGGGGUUUCUCUCACUCACUCAAUCAUUUAUCUCCCUCUGUUUAUAAUAAAUGAGCCUAAAAGACA